AUGCUGGAGGCGCUGGACUCGGAGGCCACCUCCGGGCUCUUGGCGCAGGACCGGAGCGUGACGGAGCACCUGCGCUUGCUGAAGCACCGGCUCUAUGAGCCCUUCGGGUUCAACCUCGCCUCCCGCACCCAGCUGCUGCUUCGCCUCAGCGGCGCCGAGCCCGCGGAGGCGCAGCCUGCACCCAGCGCCCAGGAGGCGGACGCCUUUCUGGCGCUCAUGGGCCGGAAGCGCGUGUGCCUCCUGCGCUUCCUGGGGACCUGCGGCGGCACCCUGCGGCUGCUGCCCAAAGCCCCCGAGGAGCCCGAGGUCACCAUGAGCGCCUGUGUGGAUCUGCAGGUGGUCUUCCUGACCCGACAGUAUGACUACCAAUUUGAUCCAGAUGGAGAAUGUCUGGUGUUGCAGAGCUUCUUCCUUGAGGAACCUUUGCAGAUGGUCUUUCAACAGGCUGGGAAGGUGCAGUUGCCCAAGAGCAAGUUGGUGCCGAAAGGCCAGCAGGUGCUGGUCAAGGGAAUGGCGUCGCGGGAUCCUUGUGAGGCCGACUUGCACGAGAAGCUCUGGGCCGCAGUGCGGCACGGCGGCUGCGACGGCUUCCUAGAGAUCCCCAAGACCAGGUUUGAUGUGGAUCAGUACGUGGACUACGAGGAUCAGCAGAGAGCCAUGAGCAGCUUCAAGAGUUACUGUCGUCACCAGGGUCACAUUGAGGGCAUCGAGAUCUUUGAUGCCGCCUUUUUCAACCUGCCGGAGCAGGACGUGCGCGGCAUGGACCCAGAGCAAAGGAUCUUUAUGGAGACAGGUUGGAUGGCGAUGAGCGAUGCGGGCUUCCGACGCGAGAAGGUGAGGGUGGACUCGGCACACCUGGGAUGUUUCGUGGGCAUCAGCGGCUCUGACUGGCGGGAUGUCUGCCGCGCGCCAUCUGCCAAUGGCGUACCGGAGACCUUCAUUGCGAAUCGGUUCAGCUACGUCGUGAACCUCAAGGGCCCCAGCUUCAUCGUGAACACCGCCUGCAGCGCCUCCCUGGUGGCGCUGCACAGCGCCAAGACCCACCUGCUCAUGACCCAGGACCCGCUAGAUGGCGCAGUGGUUGCGGGCAUCAGUCUGAACGUGUCUCCCAGCACGUGGAUCGGCAACUGCGCAGGCGCGAUGCUGUCCUUUCGCGGGCGCUGCUUCAGCUUUAACAACACUGCGGACGGCUACGGUCGCGGGGAGGGCAGCGCCGCCUGCGUGCUGUCGCGGGGCAAGUACGACCGCGACGACGACUCCAUUUGCGGCAUGGUGGCGGCGAGCCACACCAACUCCGACGGCCGCUCCGCGAGCUUGACGGCGCCCAACGGCCCCGCGCAGCAGCGCCUGCUGCGGGCCGUGCUGGGGGAGGCGAAGCUUUCUGCCAGCCAGAUGGACAUCUACGAGGCCCAUGGCACUGGCACUUCGCUGGGGGAUCCCAUCGAGAUCUCCGCCGUGAAGAAGGUUCUUGUGCCCCGGGACUAUCCAGUGAUGAUCUCCUGCUCCAAGCCCAACCUCGGGCACCUGGAGGGCGGUGCUGGCUUGUCCGCCUUCUGCAAGUGCAUCCUCGCCUGCAUGCACGCGGAGGCGGCAGGCAACCAGCACCUGAGAGUUCAGAACCCCAACCUCGACAUUGAAGGCUGGCCCUCCUUUCUGCUGCAAGAGGCGGCACCACUGAAGAACGAGGCCUCCUAUGUCGGUGUCAGUGGCUUUGGAUACGGCGGGACGAACAGCCAUGCCACAGCUUUUGGCAUGAACGUGGUUACCUCCCGUGCGCAGAACGCCAAGACCAUGGUCACGCAGAUCCUGCGGUCGGCGCGCCAGAAUACGCCGGAGGUGACGAUGGUGGGCGACAACUAUGAGGAUUGGCACUCCACUGGGCUGCCGCACCUCUCUGUGAAGCCCGGUCAGGGCUACCAGGUUGAAGUGAUGGACGAUGGCAGAUCCGUGUGGCAUCAGAUGGCGCCCUGCAAGCCUCGGGGCUGCUCCUCGAUGGCGAUCAUGGGCUCCUUCAACGGCUGGACACCUGAGCCCAUGUCUACGAGGGAGCGGGCGGGGCUCUACAGCUACGAGCUGACCUUGGGAAGCACCGGCGAGGAGUCCUUCCAGGUGCUGGUGGAUGGGCUCCUUUCCCAGGUUUUACACCCCACCUCGCAAAAGUGCACCAGCCGCGUGAGCGCGGUGGCGGGGCCGCGCGACAUCUCGGACCGGGACUUGAGCUGGUUGGUCAAGGCCGGUCUCGAUCGCUCCGAAGACGUCGCCAAGACUUCCAAGCUGCCUGUCACACUGGCCAAAAGCGCCGAGGUCCUGCAGAUCUUGGUUGAUGCGGUGGCACGACGUGUGCAGGCGUAG